AUGGCAAUUGUUCAUGCCAUUAAGAAGUGGCAUCAUUACUUGCAAGGAAGACACUUUAUCAUUAAGACUGAUCACCAUAGUCUUAAAUACUUUCUCAACCAUAAGGCUCACACUCCUUUUCAGCAAAAAUGGGUCACUAAGCUUUUGGGCUAUGAUUAUGAGAUACAAUAUAGACAAGGGAGUGAUAAUAAAGCAGCUGAUGCUUUGUCUAGAUUUCCUAUCAGUCACAGUUCUUCUACUGACACAGUCCAAGUCUUUGCCAUAGACACUGUGGCCACUGGAAAUGAUGUUGCUAAGCAGAAUAUUGAAAAUUUGGCAAUUACAUAUCCUUAUCACAGUUGGAUGGAUGAUUUACGAAGGUACAAUGAGGGUGAUCCUUGGAUUAUCAGUAAAAAGCAACAACUUCUAGCUGUUGCUAGUCCUACACAAUUAUCUCCUUCACAUUCUCUUUCAACAGCAAAUCAUUUACUCAAAUUUCACAUUGAUAAUGGUCUCCUCAAAUAUAACUCCAGAAUAGUCCUCAGUCCUGAUUCAAUUUGGAAGGCCAAAGUUUUUGAUGCUCAUCACUCAGUUCCUACAGCUGGUCAUGCUGGUUUCUUAAAGACUUAUCAAAGAUUAUCUCGGAGUUUUUAUUGGCCGAGUAUGAAACAUGAUGUGCAGCGAAUGGUGGCUAAAUGUCACACCUGCCAGCAACACAAGUAUGAAACUGUGUCUCUUGCUGGAUUAUUGCAACCCCUGCCUAUACCAAAUCAGGUGUGGACUGACAUCUCAAUGGAUUUUAUUGUUGGGUUGCCCCCUUGCCAAGGGAAAUCUGUCAUUUUUGUGGUAGUAGAUCGUCUGAGCAAGUAUGCCCAUUUCAUUGCUUUAUCCCAUCCUUAUUCAACUGCUACCAUUGCUCAGAUCUUUGUGGAUCAUGUGUUUAGGUUACAUGGUAUGCCUAGCUUUAUUGUUUGUGACAGAGAUCCAAUAUUUGUUAGUGACUUCUGGAAAGAAUUCUUCAACUUGCUUGAUGUAGCAUUACGGAUGAGCUCUGGUUACAAUCCACAGACUGAUGGCCAAACUGAAGUAGUUAAUCGGUGUUUGGAGACUUAUUUGAGGUGCUUUGCUGCAGCUCAACCCAAAAAAUGGUUGCUUUGGUUGUCUUGGGCAGAAUUUAGCUAUAAUACAGCCUAUCAUACAUCAACCAAGUUAACCCCAUUUGAAGUUGUUUAUGGUCAGACCCCACCCACUGUUACACCAUAUGAGCCAGGCAUUACAAGAUUUGCCAAUGUUGACAGAAGCUUGGCUGCAAGGGACAGAAUGUUGACCUUGCUAAAAUCUAAUCUCCUUACAGCACAUAAUCGAAUGAAGACUCAAGCUGAUAAACAUCAAUCAGAAAGGGAAUUUCAGGUUGGGGAUAUGGUGUAUUUGCGAUUGGUACCUUACAGGUUACAAUCCUUGGCGUCUCACUCCUACCAUAAACUUUUACCCAAAUUUUAUGGACCUUAUGAGAUACUGGAGAAGUUGGGACUAGUGGCUUACAAACUCAAAUUGCCUGCUGGUUGUAAGAUCCACCCCGUAUUUCAUGUGUCUUGUUUGAAGAAGCAUUUGGGAACUCACGUGACUCAUUCUUUAACAUUCCCUCGAAUUACUGAAGAUGGUAUUGUGCAAGAUGCGCCACUGGCUAUUCUAGAAAGGAAGCUCGUCAAACGUGGAAAUGCUGCAGGGGUGGAUGUCUUAGUGCAUUGGAAGAGUCACACACUAGAGGAUGCCACUUGGGAGGACUACAAUGACCUCAAGGCCAGAUUUCCAGAUUUCAUUGCCCAGAGAACUCAAACUGAUUCAGGAAGCAGAUCGUCAAGCUUAUCCAUUUUACAAGAUGAUCAAGAAGGCUUUUCACCAACCUCAUCAAACGCACUGGUACUUGUCCAAAACGCACCAAUUGUCUCCUCCUACAAUGAGAGAAUCCGCCCCAUGCUUGAUGCCAUUGACAAGCUCCGCAACCUCAUGGUUAUGGAUGAAGGCAUCCAGCUGCCCACCAUUGUUGUUGUGGGAGACCAGUCAUCUGGCAAAUCCAGUGUUCUUGAGUCCCUCGCCGGCAUCAGCCUGCCGCGUGGACAAGGCAUCUGCACAAGGGUUCCUCUCGUAAUGAGGCUUCAGCACCACUCUGAUCCUGAACCAGAGCUUUCACUGGAGUACAAUGGCAGAGUUGAGCACACUGACGAGGACAACAUUUCGGAGGACAUUGUGAAUGCCACCAAUCUGAUUGCUGGGGACAGUAAAGGAAUUUCAGACACCCCAUUGACCUUGUUGGUGAAGAAGAAUGGUGUGCCUGAUUUGACCAUGGUUGACCUCCCUGGAAUCACUAGGGUUCCAGUUCGUGGCCAGCCUGAGAAUAUCUACGAUCAAAUCAAAGAUAUAAUCAUGAAGUAUAUAAAGCCCGAAGAGAGCAUCAUUUUGAAUGUGUUAUCUGCUUCUGCUGAUUUUAGCACAUGUGAGUCAAUUAGUAUGUCGCGGAGUGUGGACAAAACUGGUGAGAGGACUCUGGCUGUGGUUACAAAGGUUGAUAUGGCACCAGAGGGACUGCUGGAGAAGGUUACAGCUGAUGAUGUGCAUAUUGGUCUUGGCUAUGUCUGCGUAAGGAACCGGAUUCGAGAUGAAACGUAUGAGGAGGCGAGGGCUAUUGCGGAUCGAUUAUUUGAAACUGAUCCUUUUCUUUCGAAGAUUGAUAAGUCUAUGGUUGGAAUUCAGGUUUUGGCUGACAAGUUGGUCCAAAUUCAAGCUGCUAGCAUAGCUAGAAACUUGCCUGAUAUUGUAAAGAAGAUCAACGACAAGCUGAAUUCUUACCUUUCAGAGCUCAACAAAAUGCCGAAAAAGCUGUCAUCUGUUGCUGAGGCCAUGACUGCUGUUACGCAGAUCAUUGGAACAUCCAAAGAAUCACUUAAGAAAAUUCUUGUGAGGGGAGAAUUUGAUGAGUUCCCGGAUGACAAACACAUGCAUUGCACGGCUAGGCUUGUUGAGAUGCUCAAUAAGUGCUCAGAUCAGCUUCACGAGUGCAAUGAGAGUGACUCCAAAAGUAAUUUCUUACAGGAGGAGAUUGCGAUUUUGGAGGAGGCAAAAGGUAUCAACCUUCCCAAUUUUGUUCCGCGCAAUGCUUUUCUUAUAGUUUUGCAGGGUAAAGUUAAGGGGAUUUCGAGCAUACCUAUUGGGUUUGUUGGGCAGGUUUGGAGUUAUAUUGAGGAUGUGGUUUUGUCUGUGUUAAUGAGAAAUACAGAAAACUAUUACCAUGUUCAAUUGUCUACCAGAAGAGCAGGCCAUAAUCUUAUUGAAAAGAAGAAAGAAAGAUCGAUUAAUUGGAUGACGGAGAUAGUGGAAAUGGAGAAACUAACUGAUUAUACAUGUAAUCCGGAAUAUCUAUCCGAAUGGCAUAGGCUCAUGACUAAACAAGAAACAUUCAUCCAAAAGGUCUUGCAUGGCGCUGAGACAAACAUAAAUGUAGAGGGAAUUGGGAUGGUUGAAGUUGGAGGUCUAAGGAAGUACUCACAAGUCCUAUUGUCUCAAGCUUUCGACUUGAAAAUGAGGAUGACUGCGUAUUGGAAUGUUGUCCUGAGAAGGUUGAUUGAUAUCAUGGGUUUGCAUUUGCAGCUGAGUGUUUCAAACCUUGUGAACAAGGACAUGGAGAUGGAGAUUAUGAAUGAGCUACUGGGACCUAACCAUGGUGGUGGGAUUGAGAGGAUGCUGGAGGAACCUCCAUCAAUGGCAGUGAAGCGCCAGAAGCUCAUCAAGAGCAUCAAAAAGCUCAAGGAGUCUAAAGAGGUUGUGUGUAAGAUCAUGGAUGACAGGUUUACUUACGCCGAUUACCUUGUGUGAUAGAUAACUAAGGAGUCCAGUUAAAUUAUGGUAUGUUUCGUGUGAAAUAAGGCUUUUUGCCAAUGAUGUGUGGUUGAUCUGUUUGUACUUAAUUAUGGAUCUGCAUUUUGUUUAUCAUGUACCUGGUUGGUUGAUGUUCUUGUGUGGAUGAUCUGUUUCUACUUAAUUAUAAGCACAUUCUGUUUUUGUC